AUGGCCACACAACUUCCUGAUAAUUUUGAACCCAAGUUUAAAGUUGCACUCGGUCCAAUAGGUACAUGUACAAUAAAUAUUAAGUGGGGUGAUACGUUCGAAAUAGUUAAAAGUAAAAUUGAGAAUCAGUUAAAUAUCCCCGUCAAUCGUAUUGCUAGUAUUCAACCAGGAGAGAG